UUUCGGCUUUCCGAGAUUUCGUAAACGCAGCAUCAAUCCAGCCAACCCACGUUGCCAACUGCCGUUAAACUAGAAGAAGAAGAAGAAGAAGAAGCCAACCCACGUUGACUUAGGCACUACAGUAGUGGUUAGCUUACUGCCUUGCAGAGGAGACCUCUGUUUUUGUGGAUAAACACCUAAACAUGAGUGCGACUUGGGGCAAAUGUAAGUCCGUGCUGAUCACGGGCUCCAGCAGAGGCCUCGGGCUGCAGAUGGUGAAGGACCUGGCUAAGAGGAGCAGCAGACCGGCCACGAUCAUAGCGUCAGCCCGCAACCCCACCGGCUCUACGGUAACACACACCUGCAUUACUCCGCGUGUACUGACUGUUCAAGCCGCAAAUUUAUUGCUGACACGAUUGCUGUGGAAGCAAUAACCGGAAAAAGUGCAUUUUCAACGCUCCGUGGCUUUAGUGCAUGUGUGGGAGCUAACAGUGUCCCGGUUUGUUCCCAGGUUAGUCUGGACUUUCUCUUGGUGGUAUUAACUACUGGACUGAAUAUGAGCACACAUUCAGCUCAAGAGUUUUCUGUAUUGAUGCUGGAAGAGCUGGUGGUUACCUGUCGUAGCACUGAGGAGGGAUAAAAAAUAAUCUUUACAAAAAUGUAUUCCAAGUAUCUGACCCCGCACACAAUUAGUUUUUUUUUUUAUUAUUAUUUUUACAAAAUUUAUGAAGCUAACACCGACCAAACAGUCCUGGGAAACAGAAAUUAAAAUAAUGAUGCCACUAAAAGCAGCAUAAGACACCCUCUUAAAUGUAAACUGCAUAUUUCUAUUUCUUAGGUUUACUAAGAUGAUGAAAAUCCGGGGUACAAACUGAAGAUAGUUAGGGGAGACCGGGGCUUGUUGUCACAUGGGUAGGUUGUCAUGUUGCAAUUACCAGAGGGCACAACUGAAAAGUGGAAUACUAGUUUUCUUCCUUUACAUAGUCAGGGGUCCUGUCCUGUCUGAGAAGAGAGGAGCACAUGAUGAGCUGAGAUGAGCGCCAAUUAACAAUUUUGCACAACUCGAAGUAAAAAAAAAAUCCCAUUAUAUAUUUUAGAAUAAGCUUCUUCCAGAUAAAAAUCCUAGCAGUGACACAUGUGGACUUGUUAGAGGAGAAAUUAUGGCAUCCUUCAUACCUCAGUCAUUGUUCUGUUUUAAGCUAAAUUUAAGCUAGAGCUUUAAUUAGCAAACAUGGUAGUUUGGGGCAACAUGUCUGUCAUUUUGGAGUUAGUUGUCAUAUGUUUAAAAGGGAUUAAAACUAACAGAGUCUGCUUAUCAGCAGUUGUCAAUGAAAUUUUGACUUUUCUCUUUGAGAACAAAAGUGGUUUAAAGGGAAAGAGAGACCGAGAAGAGAAGGUCAGGAAUUUCAAAAGAGUUGCAUAACAGUUGCACAAUCUUUUAUGUUAACGAUUGUUCAAUGGCUAUGUUCACUGACUUUUUCUAGCUCAAUAAUAAACAUUUUCUGUGCCUGACUUUGAUGUUCACUUUCAAGUAAAAAAAUGAGAACAACAAUAAUCAUGUCCUUGUUUUAUUACCUGCAAAAUCCACUGUGACAUCUUACCCCAUAGAGUGAGAGUCAGAAUAAUGUGUAUAAAUGUAUAUAGAAGUUAUCAUUUUUACUCACAUUCUUAUGUAAGAGUUUACUACAAGUAUGAACUGUUUUGACCUCUUGUUACACAUCAUAUAAGAGUGUUUUCUAACUUCUCUCUCCAAUAGCUUUAUUACACAACACAUUAGUGUUUCUUCAUUUUUCUGUGACCUCAUUUCUCCUAUCAGCAGGUGUGUGUGUUGUAACCUCCACUGUGAAUCGUGGGAAGUAAUGAGGAUUGUUUGAUGCAACAAUGUCGCCCUCACAUAUUCUCUAUUGUUCAUUAUUCUGUUUUAUGAGAGUGCUUACGUUGCUGCAGAUAUUUUUCCCCCAUCCUUUAGAAACAUUGUGUAACCAGGGACAACCCUAAAUAAAAGAGACGGGACAGAAAUACCUUCAGAGUGGUUUUGAGAUUGUACCUGAUACUAUCUCCGUCCAUUCUCCUCGAGUAUAUACCAUUGUCUUUCUCUUCUUUAUAUGUUUUCAGGUACUUGGGCAGGUUUUUAGACCCAACAGUGAGACAACUUACCCGAUGGUGGGGCAACAUGUCACAUGUUUACACUCUCCGCUUAAUUGCUUAUAACUCUGUACUGACACAUGAUAUGAAAAUGACAUGAAUACAAAAUAUAUAUACACUCACCGGCCACUUUAUUAGGUAUACCUGUCCAACUGCUCGUUAACACUUAAUUUCUAAUCAGCCAAUCACAUGGCGGCAACUUAGUGCAUUUAGGCAUGUAGACAUGGUCAAGACAAUCUCCUGCAGUUCAAACCGAGCAUCAGUAUGGGGAAGAAAGGUGAUUUGAGUGACUUUGAACGUGGCAUGGUUGUUGGUGCCAGAAGGGCUGGUCUGAGUAUUUCAGAAACUGCUGAUCUACUGGGAUUUUCACGCACAACCAUCUCUAGGGUUUACAGAGAAUGGUCCGAAAAAGAAAAAAUAUCCAGUGAGCGGCAGUUCUGUGGGCGGAAAUGCCUUGUUGAUGCCAGAGGUCAGAGGAGAAUGGCCAGACUGGUUCGAGCUGAUAGAAAGGCAACAGUGACUCAAAUAACCACCCGUUACAACCAAGGUAGGCAGAAGAGCAUCUCUGAACGCACAGUACGUCGAACUUUGAGGCAGAUGGGCUACAGCAGCAGAAGACCACGCCGGGUGCCACUCCUUUCAGCUAAGAACAGGAAACUGAGGCUACAAUUUGCACAAGCUCAUCAAAAUUGGACAAUAGAAGAUUGGAAAAACGUUGCCUGGUCUGAUGAGUCUCGAUUUCUGCUGCGACAUUCGGAUGGUAGGGUCAGAAUUUGGCGUCAACAACAUGAAAGCAUGGAUCCAUUCUGCCUUGUAUCAACGGUUCAGGCUGGUGGUGGUGGUGUCAUGGUGUGGGGAAUAUUUUCUUGGCACUCUUUGGGCCCCUUGGUACCAAUUGAGCAUCGUUGCAACGCCACAGCCUACCUGAGUAUUGUUGCUGACCAUGUCCAUCCCUUUAUGACCACAAUGUACCCAACUUCUGAUGGCUACUUUCAGCAGGAUAAUGCGCCAUGUCAUAAAGCUGGAAUCAUCUCAGACUGGUUUCUUGAACAUGACAAUGAGUUCACUGUACUCAAAUGGCCUCCACAGUCACCAGAUCUCAAUCCAAUAGAGCAUCUUUGGGAUGUGGUGGAACGGGAGAUUCGCAUCAUGGAUGUGCAGCCGACAAAUCUGCGGCAACUGUGUGAUGCCAUCAUGUCAAUAUGGACCAAGCUCUCUGAGGAAUGCUUCCAGCACCUUGUUGAAUCUAUGCCACGAAGAAUUGAGGCAGUUCUGAAGGCAAAAGGGGGUCCAACCCGUUACUAGCAUGAUGUACCUAAUAAAGUGGCCGGUGAGUGUAUAUAUAAUAUAAUAUAUUUGGUCUUUCAUCAGGUACACAUUUUCUUAAUAUAUGAUGUAUUGAUUCCAAGAAAUAUAUAAGAGUGUAAAAAGUGUGACAACAAGCCCCGGUCGGUCUCAAAGUUAUCAAUUUUUCCAGAUUAAUUUGUGUAAACUUAUUUUUUCUUGUUACCUCAGGAUCUACAAGAGCUCUCCAAAUCCUACCCAGGUGUUCAUAUCGUGACUUUAGGUGAGUCUGUGAAGCUUUGAAGUGUUCUCUAUUGAGACAACAUUCACACUGUCUUUGUCACUUCUGAACCACAUCUGUUGUUGCUGUCACUUUCAUUUUUUAGUUUCUGUGGUUAUGAACAGGAGCGCGGAUAUUUGUCAUAGUGAUAAGAUCUGUUUUCCUGUCUGAGAUCAUAGAUUUCUGCUGUAAUAACAUUUAUAAAUACUCCCUGAAACACUUACUGAUAACCUGUGGUUCCUGCAGAUGUCGAAAGUGAACAGAGUGUGAGCUCAGCCCUGCAAGAGGUCCGAUCCAUUGUAGGAAGUGAAGGUCUCAGCUGUCUGAUCAAUAACGCCGCCAUUGGCUCCAUUGAAGACAUCAACAUGGUCACUCCUGAGGCCAUGAUGAAAAACUUCCAGAUCAACACUGUGGCUCCUCUCUUUGUCACAAAGGUGGGUGCGACACAUGAUCUGGCUCCUGGUUUUAUUUUUAACCCGACAGCUGAGUUCUGGACAGUCUGGAGUCAGUCAAGUGAUAUUUAGCUCAUACAGGUGAAAGGCUGUUACAGUGAUAAAGGUGUUCAAUUUCUGUCAAAGCGGAUGCCAAGGUCCUCUCUGCAGCAUGUUCGAUAUGCUCCAACAGCUGGCCAAUAGAUGGCAGUAUUGACUUUGCCAUGUGUGCAGGUCAUAUAACAAUCCCUUUUGUGUUAGAAUUCAUAGAUCAAUCGUUGUUGCCACUGUUUGUACAGAAAGCACACUCAUAUAGUGGAAACAUCUACCCACAUAUCCCCUGUGAACUCACAUGCGUACACUCACACAUACAUACACAUUUACACAACAACUACUUGGGUGUUUUGUUGUGCUCUUUCCAGGCCGUGGAUCUGUAUCUGUGACCAGAUGGGAGCAGUAGGAAGGAUGAGUUGAGAGGGUGCCUGGGGUCCAGUGUUAUGGUUUGGGCUAAUGAUUUUGAAGACCCUGUAUGUGAUCUGUGUGAGUCAGUUUUUUGUUGGAGGUAGUUAGUGUGUUGUAGUAACAGGGGGAACAGAAGAGGAUAAUGGGUUGGAUAAUCCUUUUGUAAAGCAACAACAGGAGAUGGGGGGGGGCAACAGAAAGGGCUCUGAAUUUACAGCUAACAGGCGGUCUUUGUUAGCAGCAUUUAUGGAUGUCCUUUGUGUGCUGAUUAAAAUUUAGUCUAUUAUCCAGGUUGAGUCCAGAUAUUUGAAGCACUCCACCAUCUUAGCAGUUUCAUCAAUAAUGCUGAUGGGGAUGUGUGUGGGAUUAUGGGCUUAUUAUUGAGGGAUAGGGGAGAUGAUAACCAGUUCUAUUGUUUUUGUGACGUUCAGCUAAAGGUAAUUGUCCUUUCACCAAUGUGUGAAGUGGGAGAUGGAGUCCAAUUAACUUUAAACUGAGUUAUUGUCAUUCAGGAGUGCAGUGACGUUGAGACGGUGGAGUGUCCUGAUCAUCAGAUGGUGUUGAAUAGUGUUGAAGCAGAACUGAAGUCGAUAAAGAGGACUCUGACAAAGCUACCGCGUGUUUCCAGGUGUUGUAGGAGGAGGCAUACCACAGCAUCCUCACUCUCCCUUUUGGCCUUGUACGCAAACUGAUAAGACAGUAGCGCCUGACAUCCAGCUCAUCAAGAAAAUCAUUUGCAAUACUCAGCGUGUCAGGGUCAGUGUGUCUAACAAGCAGGUAUAACUUGGUAUCAUCUGCAUAGAAAUGAAGUAAAACCCCAUGCUGAUCUAUGAUGUGCCCCAGUGGGAGCAUGUAUAAGGAAAGUAAAAAGGGAUCUCAAACAGACCCCUGUGGUACACCAGACUUCAUCAGUGAAAGCAGAGAAAUAGACAUUUAUGGAGACACAGAACCUUGUAUUUGUUUGAUAUGACUUGAACUGCUCUAAAACUCGACCAGAAACACAAACUUAGUGCUGCAGUUUGUCCAGUGUUGUGGUCUAUGGUAUUAAAGGCUGCGCUUUCAGGAGGUUUUAAAAGAAAAGAAAAACCAUGAUUCAUUCUGCUCGAGCUGUUUAAGGAUAGCGCCUUGGCGUUUUUCUAAUGAAUUAAUUUAGCAGGCUGAACUAAGAACCCUGAAUGAGAGCGAUAUUACUGCUGUCAGAGGUGGAUUCUUCAGCUCAGGACAGUAAAUCACUGCUUUUAAUGAUCUGAGCCUUUGAAAAUUUUUGGACCUGUUUUGUCCUUUAUUGGAUGAGGCAGACAGGGAAUACUGGGCGGAGAGAGUCAAGAUUUCAUGGUUUGGAAAGAGGAGGGUUUAAGUUGACUCCUUUCAAGGGGCUGUAGCCUCUGGACACCAACAGGGCUAAACCAGUAAGCCAUCGCCUUUGACACACUAAACCAACCCUGAAACUAUGUCCUGCUUUUACCUCCAUCUUUGUUUUUGUUUAGGCUGUCCCGCCAGACACCUGAUGACUCGUGUUUGACUCGUGUUGACUUGUAUUCUUUGUGUUUAGGCCUUCCUGCCACUGCUGCAGACAGCUGCAGCUCGGUCUGCAGGGAUGGGGAUUCACAGAGCAGCCGUCAUUAACAUGUCCUCCAUCCUGGGUUCCGUCACAUUGAACGAGGGUGAAGGUGCAAACUUCAAGAGCUACUCCUACCGCGCCUCAAAGGUCAGAAACAGCAGAAAAUAGAGACAGAGAUGUGCUCUAUGUUUUUCUGUCUUCACACUCAAACAGCCAACUCUCCCUCUGAUCCUGACAGGCCGCUCUGAACAUGAUGACCAAGUGUCUGGCUGCUGAUCUGGACUCAGACGGGAUCCUCUGUAUGUCUCUGCACCCUGGCUGGGUCAGGACCGACAUGGGGGGACCUCUUGUAAGUAUCAGACAGGAUUAUUUGGUGCUUCAUGACUCAGCUGUUUAUUCCAGCAUCAGGACAUUUCACCUGCAUCAGUAGGUUCUUAUUCUAACUUGAACUCAGUUCUGUUAAAAAGAGCUUCAGAGGUGUCUAACAGCGGUGUCAGCGUGUCCUCAUAUUAACACUGAUGUGUUUAGACAAGUAAAUAGAUCCUGCCCCUUUAACGACAGAAACACAAAAACACUCCAUCAGUGUCAGACUGAAUGAAGGAUGCUAAUGAAACACAGAGGACGCCUGAAAAGCAGGUUAUAAUUUGAUGGAGCUGAAUUAAUGUCAUUACUGUCAUUAGACGGCUUUUCACACCGCUCUGAAUGCAUCACAAAGACGCAUCAUUAACCGUGUAUCUGUGUGUGUGUGUGUGUGUGUUUGUGUGUGUGUGUUUCAGGCUGAUCUGUCAGUGGAGGAGAGUGUUCCUGCUCUGCUAUCCGUCCUCGCUGAUCUGUCAGAGAAAGAUCAGGGAGGCUUUAAGGACUAUCGUGGAGACAACCUGCCAUGGUGAAAUCUGAUGAUCGAUCGCUGCAGGUCUUGAUAAGAGAUAUAAACACGGACAACAUGACGCACAACACACCAGCUUCCUGAAAUAACGGCAAAUAUUAAGAGCUUUUUUACUCAUUUGUAUAUCAAACCAAAACUUUGAGCUUUGCAGCUCAUUUCUAAUUCUGACUUAUUUCAGCUUUGAAAUAUGUAAUCCACCAAUAUCAAGACAUAGUAUUGCACUACAUAGCUGUACACGCUUUGGGAACCUCUGCUCUAGAAUAACCAAGUCGUUUAUUUUUUUAAGAACAGUCUGUAGCUAUUCAUUGUUACACAUCAAAAAGGUCACGUUUAAGGGUGUGCCACAAGGAUCUACUCUUGAUCCCCUGAUUUUACUUUAAUUGAUGACAAUCAGUUGUGAAUUUAAGAGUUUAAGUUACACUUUUUGUAAAUAGGUCAACUUUUUUUUUUUCUCACAAUCAAUGCAAGUUUUAUUUUCUUCAUUAAGCUUUCCACCAUUUAUUUUCAUUUUACAGCAGAAGAAAAUCUGCUAUUAAAGAAAAGAAGAGAAAGAAAUCUCUCUUAGUUUAGUUACAUGAAAAUGUACACUCAGUGUUCAGAGGUUUUGAUUCCUAUCAGUUCUGGGAACUGUUCUGAUUUCUGUUUGUGGUCUGAGCAGUAUUGACCAAUCAGGUGUCAAAAGGAACACAGUCCACCAUGUUGACCUCCAGCUCCCAAAAUUAGUCAUCUAUUUCUGUAUGAAUAGAUAUCUGUACGAAGGUCAGCUAACAUUUUGUUCUAGCUCAAACAUUUACACUGAGACACUAAUCUGACAGAUGCCAAGUCACUGAAGAUAGUCAGCACUAAGAUUUCCUGACUUCCCUGAAUGUAUCAGAAAAGAUGGAUUUGGCCUUCAUUCACCAAACAAACAUUUUCAAUGUAGUUUUCUUCUCCUCUUGAGGACAAACCCAACAAAUCUGGACUUUGGACUAAUCUGCAUCAUAAUGUUGUUAUUUCAGCAAACUAAAGACCUGUUAUUGAGGAGAACAUCACAAGAACAUCAGUUUCUGUUUCAGGUUCAUACUGCUGGAGAAAGUCAGAGUGAAACCUCUGAGAGACUGUUUACAGAGGAACUGAGACUCUCCACAGACCGAUGUAUGGGUUCUUUUUUAGGGGAGCUAGUGCACAUGAAAUAAUUGCUUAUUUAGGAAACCCUUCUGCAGGAAGAAGAGAAAGAUAUGAACAAAAAUUGACCCCUUGAGCUGCUUACUGAACUGUGAAAGGAGGUUUUGGUUGGAAGCUGUUUUGCACUCACUGCUCAGUACAUCUGAAUGCUGAUGGUAACUUCAUUUCAGGGAUAUUUAUUGUUAUCAGGUGACAGCCAGUCGUUCAGAGAUGAAUAAAGUAUCCACUAAAUAAAUAAUAAUAAAUACUAGUACUACUUGCUCUGACAAACAGUGUAGUAUUUGUCCAGGAUUUAUCAGUUAGAGCUCAUGUUUUAAAUUCUUCUUCAUGAUUUAUCACAAAGUUAUAUGAAGUGUUUGUUUUUAUGGGUGCUCUUCUUUAUAAUUAAAACCUGUUAAAGCUUACACCACCACCUGACUGUGAAACGAACCUUAUCAGGAACUUAGGAGUGAUAAUAUUCUGAAUGUGACUGAUGCAAAAGAAAUAAAGUCAAGUUGCCCAGUGA